UUCUGACUAAAUCUUGUUAAUCUGAUAGGUACUGGAACAGACUAUUUGCUUAAUUCAAGCAAGCUGUAGUGUUGGUAGCACUUCUUAAGAAAAGCCAUUUGAGUGCACGCAAAAUAGAGACAUGGACAAGUUUAUAAUAAAAGAGAAAAGAGCUAAACCUGCUGAAGAAGAGGAAGAGUCCAGUGAAAUCGAGGAAAGUUGCACCCCGGAGACAAGCGCUAACUUAAGAAGAAAAUUCCGGAAGGAAUGGCUGCAACAAUUUUCGUGGCUUAAGAAAAUCGAUGGAGAAGCGUUUUGUGUGGCUUGCGAGAAAAGAAUAACUAAUAACUUAUCACAUUUAACGCGGCAUGCCAAAAUUAAGACACAUUGCGCCAACCUUGAAAAGAAGAAAAACCAAUUGAAAUUGGAUGAAUUUGUUAACGAAGAAAGGGCAACAUUAGCUAAACAGGUACGCAAUGCGGAGUUUACAAUUGUUGUUUUCUGUAUUAUGCACAAUUUGCCCUUUCGGUUGGUCGAUUAUUUACCUGGUCUUUUAUACGAUUGCUGCACUGAUAGUCAAAUAGCAAAAGCGUUAAAAUGCCACAGAACAAAGGCAACGUCUUUAGCUGAAAUUUUAGGCGAUAAAUCAAAAAAUAAAAUUGUAAAUGUGCUGCAAAAAAGCAAAUUCUCGUUAAUUGUCGACGAAACCACAGACUUGUCUUGCCGAAAAGCCUUAGUACUGGUUGUAAGAUAUUUCGACCAACUAUCGCGUAAAGUAAAAGAUCAUUUUUUGCAAUUGAUUGAGUUAGAUCAAUCCGACUCCGAAUCUAUUUAUCGAGCGAUUAAAUUGUUUUUUGAAUCUCACAAUAUUCCUCUGUCAAAUUUAAUGGGUCUUGCUACGGAUGGUGCCAGCACUAUGGCGGGUUGUUUAAACGGAUUGAAAACAAAGUUAAAAGCGGACGUUAACUUAUUUUAUAUUAAAUGUACGUGCCACUUCCUGCACCUUUGCUCCAGUUACGCGUGUAAAAAACUUCCGCAUCAAAUUGAGGAGCUAUGUCGCAACGUUUACAAAUUUUUUGCAUAUAGCCCCAAGCGUAUAAAAGACUUCAAGGAGUUUCAAGACUUUUGUGAGGUAAAGCCCCACAAAAUUCUAGGAAUAUCGCUUACCAGAUGGCUUGCUUUGGAGGCAGUAAUAUCGCGGAUUAUCGAGCAGUGGGAGGCCUUGCAAUUGUAUUUUUUAUCAUGCUGCUUAGAAGUAAAUGGAAUAAAGUCACAGCACAUGGACUAA